AUGGAGAAAUCAAGAUGGAAGAAGCAAAUUGAAGAUGAACUCGGUAGAUGGUGUAAGGGGCGAAGAAGAAAAGGCAGCAAACAGAAAGCAAGUGAGAAGAAUGAAGUUCUGCAAACCUGCCCUAGAGACGCCUUGAAACUGGGGGUUUGUGCUAAUCUUCUUGGGGGAUUGGUCAAAGUUGAGUUAGGUUCACCACCGGUGAAGCCAUGUUGCUCUCUCAUCCAAGGACUUGCCGACCUUGAGGCUGCUGUCUGUUUGUGCACUGCAAUCAAAGCCAACGUCCUAGGGAUCAAUCUUAAUGUACCAUUAUCUCUUAGCUUGCUCGUUAAUGUCUGUGGUGGUGAAGUCCCAAAUGGUUUUGUAUGUUCCUAG